AUGGAUUCAAAUGCAUAUAACGAGUGGUCACCCGAAUUGAAUUCUAUCUAUGUCCAACUUAUGGAGCAUGAUAGUUUCUUGCGUUUAUUUCCUGUAGAGGUGGCGAACUCAAUAGCUACCAAUACCGUCAUGAGUAUUAAGUGUGACUGUUCAUGUACUCUUAUAUCAUCUUCAUCUGAUGGUGUGUUGGGUACCACAGACGUGACACAACAUGAUAGUUCUCUUUCUCAUAGAAGUGAAUCUAUUCCUGCGGCUCAAAAUCCUUCUGGAGCAUUAAAUUCACGUCCAUCUUUUUCAGGUCCAGCUUCUGUAGUACGUUUUGAUUCUCCUGACGAAUUGCGUUGGGUUAUGCAUGCUAUCACUUAUGGAUUGACAAUGUCACCUGAUAAUUGGGAUGUUGUUAAACACAGUGCACAUAUUUAUUGUUAUUGGAUUAAAUCUCUCAACUCUUCUACAAGUCCUUCACAAUCAGGCAGUCCGACACCACCAAUCCCAUUGAUUCUUCAAAAACAGCCAUUACGUUUUCUAAAAUCCUUGUUAUUCUCUUUGGUUUACUAUUUUCUUCCACGUGAUACCGAACCGUUAAGUGAUCAACCGAAGGUGAUGUUCACAACAUUGGGUCAAAGUUUACCAGUCCCACAAUACUCUGUCAGUACCGACUCAUCAGAAGUGUCACAUGCCUCCACAGGCACUGAAUUGGCGCAUUUAUCAGGAUUACUCAAUAAGCAGUUAGAUAUCACAAAACUGGUGGCUCAAACAAUUGAAGAUUUGUGUUCGACACCUGGUCGAUUAUCACCUGACUGUUGGGAUUGUAUAUUACGAUUUUGUUUAGUUGUAUGCCAUUCUGUUUUAUCACCUCCCUUAUAUUUACCGUCAGGAUUGUCUCAUUCUUCAUCAGUUAGUUCAUCGUCUAUGGCAGCUUCUCAGUUGACGAGUGCUUCCGUUUCUGGAGCAGGAACUGUUGGUGGACCUAACUCUGUAACCAGUUUUUUCAGAUCUUCGUAUUAG